GGAUCCGACAACCUCUUUUGGGAGGUUUCGACAAAUUGUCGAAGCCUCCCUUCUGUUCUUUUUCACUUAGCAAGCAAUAUUUUACAGCUAUCAAGAUGCCAAAUAUUUAUAAAAAAAAGUUUCCGGAGAAAAUCAUCGACGAAGAUAAUAUGAAAAAAGCCAUCGAGGACAUAAAACAAAAGAAAGAAACACCAACAAGCGCUGCUCGAAAAUAUGGCUUGAAGCGUACAACACUAUUAUCUCGAAUUGCAAAAGAGCAAACAAAUGUGGGAACUGCUAAAUAUUUCCAGUCGAAGUUUUCUUCGAACCAAGUACUUACAGCUACGCAAGAAAAGGAAUUAACGCUUUACUUCAAAAAGUGUUCAAAUCUACAUCAUGGAUUGACGUAUGACUUGGCUAGACGGUUCGUUUUCGAGUUUGUUUCUACAUACAAAAUAAAACAUCCACCAAGUUGGGACAAAGAAAAACAAGCUGGAAUUGAUUGGCUAAAAUGUUUUAUGCAUCGAAAUAAAGAAAUUAGUCUACGCAAACCUGAAAACACUAGCAUAUCACGCAUUUUUGGAUUUUCUAACCAAGCUGUUUCUUUAUUUUUUUCAAACCUGAAAAAGGUAUACGAAUUACACCACUUUCCCUCUGAGCGAAUAUACAACAUAGAUGAGACUGGAAUAAGUACGGUGUUGGAUUCUCCAAAAGUCAUAGCUGAAAAAGGAAAACGAACCGUUUCUCAAGCCGCAUCCGCAGAGCGGGGAAGUUUAGUUACAAUGGUAGGAAUUGUUAACGCAUCUGGAAAUCACAUUCCACCGAUCUACGUUUUUCCUCGCAAGCGAAUGAAUCCAAAUUUUCUUAACGGAUCAGUACCAGGCUCAAUAGCACUUCUAGCCAACAACGGAUGGAUGAACUCGGAGCUUUUUAUAGAUGUUCUUAUCCAUAUUAGAAGUCACGCUCGUUGCACUAUCGACGACCCCAUACUACUUUUGAUGGACAACCAUGCUUCUCAUUGCAGUCUAGAUAGCGUCAUUUACAGUCGCGAUAACGGCAUAUGCUUAUUGUCUUUCCCACCGCAUACGUCACACAAACUUCAACCACUUGAUGUAUCGGUGUUUGGACCUUUCAAGAAAUUUUGCAAACAUUCCUUUAAUGAUUUUACAGUCAACAAUCCAGGAAAGAAAAUCGAGAUUUCACUUAUUGCAGAACUUACGAGGACUCCAUUUUUACGAGCUUUUUCUCCAGAUAAUAUUGUAAAAGGGUUUUCAGCUACUGGAAUCCUUCCAUAUAAUUCAUUAAUAUUUCCUCAGUCUGAUUUUUCCCAGUCCGAAAUCGAAACAAACUCUGAGAUUGCUAUUGAAACUAACCAAAAUCAAGCCGAAAGUUUUGAGAAUAUAAUCCUACCAUCUGAACCGAAUUGUUUCUCUCCAGAGGUUAUCCGUCCACUUCCAAUAGUGAGGAAAAAGAGAACUAUUACUAAAAAUCAAGGCAAGUCAAGAAUUUAUACGGAUUCUCCAGAAAAAGCACGCUUGGAGGAGUUGAAAGAACAAAGCAUAAAAAAAUUGAAGCUACCAAAAAAGCUAAAAUUUUGUAAAAAAACAAAAACAUUGCGAAAACUAAAAACUAAAAAACAACGAAAGAUAAGUUCCUCAUCAUCAAGUGAAAACGGUUCUUAUAGCCUGGCUGAUUCUGAUAAAUCAUAUGACUUUGGUGAGGUUGAAGAGCACAACAAUGAGCAACCAGAAUUGGAGGUUACUGACGGAAUUCAUGUUCAGAACGAAGAGCACGAGAAUGAGCAACCAGCGUUGGAGGUUACCAACGGAAUGCAUAUUGAGGAAAAUAGAUUUGUGCUAGUUAAAUUUACUGACAAAACCGAUUUCUUUUACAUUGGUGUAGUCGUAGAAGUUGAAAGUACUACGUGCGUCGUGAAAUUUCUCAGGCGCCAAAGUAAAACUCAAUAUUUCUAUGAACCAAUUGUUGAAGAUACAAACCUGGUUUCAAAGCAGGACAUAUUACGUAUAUUGCCCACACCUGAACAUCCACCAGGAACUUCACGCGCGCAAAGCAAAUUUGUUUUUAACUUCGACUUCUCAAAUUUAGAUGUUCGUUAAAAGUAAAGUUAUACUUCAUUUUUAUGCUUAAGUUGUUUAUGUUUUUGUUCGAAAAAAUUGUUAUUGUAUUGAAAUAAAUAACAUUUAUGAAUUGAAAAUCGUAUUCAGAGUUUUUUCCAACGAAG